UGCCUGGAAACACACAGGAUGCCAAACAUUGCUGAACUCAAACGGGACAAAGAGUUUGUGUCGGAGCAGAAGUCCACCGCUGUUUCUGUUCAAUCGUGGAUCCAUGGAAUGGGAACACAAGAAUUUAAUGGAACCUUUUUAACGUGCCACCUACUUCCUCAAAAUCCUCUUUGUUGAUUAUAGCAGCAGGUCCAGUGUGUUUCAGCACAGAAUGAUACACAAUGAGGAACAACAACAACAUGAGGAGGGCGAGGAGGAGGAGGUGCUCACUGAACUCUGUCUUGUCAAUGGAGUGUCUUAUGAAAAACUUGCACAAGAAGGAGGCAACAUCAGCUCCCUGGAGAUCUUCUUCUCUGGUUUCCCACGCAUGGUGGGCCUUUCUUUCUUCCCAAGACUCUGCCAGCUCACUAUCGUCGGCCAGAGCAUUAAACACAUGGAAGGACUGGAGUGUUGUCCUCUGCUCAGUGAGCUGUGGGUCGUCCAGUGUCAGCUGACGGGAAUAUCUGGACUAGAGAACUGUGUGCAGCUCCAGAAACUCUACCUGUAUGACAAUCAAAUCUGUGAAAUCAACAACUUGGAGUCGCUGAUCGACCUCGAAGUCCUGUGGCUCAACAACAACCGUAUCAGACACAUACAGGGCAUGAGCACACUUCACAAUCUCAAAGAACUAAACCUCGCUGACAACUUGAUUGAAAAGAUUGGGCAGAGCCUUGAUUCUAAUGUUUGCCUUCAGGACCUUAAUCUGUCCGGGAACAAGAUCAUCUCCUUCAAGGAGUUGACCCGGUUGACCUGCUUGCCCCAUCUGAGAGCGCUGGCUUUACACGACACCGCGUCGACGCCAAACCCCGUGUGUCUCCUGUGUAACUACGCCACACAUGUCCUGUACCACAUGCCCGGCCUCCAUCGGCUCGACGCGUAUGACGUCUCGAGCCCGCAAGUAAAGGAGGCGGCUGAGUCCACAGUGACGAAGAAAAUGAUGUACUACAACAUGCGUGUGCGUACUGCUCGGAGGAAUCUGGCGGAGACUCGCUUCAGUCUGACGGAGAGGAAGAAAGCGCUGCUCCAGUUACCUGAAGAAAGUAUCAGAACGCUCAGUCAUGCCCUCAAAAAUCUGGAACGUGAGCGCUCCAAGAUGCUGGCGGGAGGAAAGAAGUCCAGCUGCAGGAUGGUGGAUGAACCCGGAGGAACGAGGCACACUGUGAAAGCUGCAUCCGACACCGACGUCGGCUGUGAUCCUGCCAUGGAGCCCAAAAUACUCCUCAAGAUGGAAGCGCUGAGGGAGAGACUGACCGUAUGGACCAGACGGCUGCAUGAGAUUGAAGCCUGUUAUGAAGAAGAGGUUGCCCACGCCACAAACAUGAUGGACGAUACAGUCCAGUUUCUUCUGAUGGAGCUGGAAAGUGUUGGGAAUAUUCGUUUGGAGGAGGGCACCUCCACAGACGCUUGGUUUAAUUCCUGUUGCGACCUCCUGGUCUCCCGCUUCGCUCCGUCAGACUACAGGGCUCAUGGCGUCACUGGAAUUAAGAUCGACCGAGUCAUCCGCGUCUUAAACAGCGCACUGAGGCUUCGCUUUGAGGACAGACUUCACAGCCUACUCAACGGCAAUGACACUGUAAACCUACACAGGAAUUACAGACGUCGGCUGGAGCACUUGUUCUACAUCGCCGACCCUGAGAGAAACGUUGAGAAGGAAGAAAUGUUGGCUAUUCUGGAGGAAGGCUUCAAAACUGCAGAGCAUUACGAGGCCCUGGGAAAGGAGGGUGCCAUCCCUUUAUCGAACAGCCUCAAUGUGACUGAACAGCCCAGAAUUGAUCACACUCUUCACCAGACGCGCCAACAUAACUCGAAGCACGGUGUGGAUUCGGUCCCUUUCAGACACGCUCAGAUUUUUAUUUCCAAAGUGUUUGUGGGACACAGCAUGCCGAUACGAGAGGGAGAUCCAGUCGACAGAAGAAGCCACCCAACAGUCAGCUCGGUGUAUCGCAACGUGGACGCCAAGAACAGAACUGCAAGGAGUGACGAGAGACCUCACUCCUCUAAUCCUGGUCCCGAGUGCAGCCACAGGCAGAGACAGUGGUUUGUGUUUGAUCGUGAACUCGUCUUGCCCGAGUAUGUUGUGUAUUUUCACUACGUCACAGAGAACCAAAAGCAAACCGUGUUCCAUGGACAAGAUGAAACCUUUAACAACGUCGUCCUGGACAAGGAAGUCCUCGGCAUGGGACCAGUGCUGAAGGCACAGCCCAAGUUAUUGAGCUUGGACGACAAAAUUCUGCUCACUGUUGCCAGAGCCAACGUUCUGAGUCAGAUCACUGUACUGAACCUUCAUGGGAACAGUCUGAACAAGAUAACGGAGAUUUCCUGCUUGACGUCUCUGCGGCAUCUCACCAUCAGCUUCAACGAGUUCACGCGCCUCGAUGACAUUUCUCACAUGCCCAACCUUGAGUUUUUGGACGCGAGCUUCAACCACCUGGUGACCCUGGAGGGUCUGAGGGGGCUGGGACAACUCAAACAGCUGGAUGUGCGCUGGAACAAGUUGACCAAAGCCAGAGAGGACGCAGCGGUGCUGAGGAAACACGCGCCGACACUACUGAAGCUCGACACCAGAUACAACCCCUGGAACAGACCGACUGCAGUCAGAAUGACCAUUCUGGGAUGUUUAACACUCACACACCUGGAUCAAGUGAUGGUAACAGAGGAGGAGGCUGCUGAUGCAGCUAACAUGGCUGUAGGCUCCAAAAUUUACCAGGCAUCUCUCCUGGCUCACUCGCGCACCAGCGACAGUCGCCCUCGAAGUCUCCGCCUGCUGUCGACAGCUCAGCUCCUGCAUCUUCUCGAUCCAGCUCCCUGGGGACUCCGCCGAGAGCUGGAGCCAGACUGGACUGCAAAGAUCACAGCGCUGAACCUCGACGGUCAGAGGAUCUCCAAGCUCGUUCACCUGAAUAAGCUGGUGAACCUGCGCUGGGCUUCCUUCAAUGACAACGACAUAUGCAAAGUGGAAGGACUGGAGAGCUGUGUGAAGCUGGAGGAGCUUUCUCUGGACAACAACAGCAUCAGCACACUCAGCGGCCUGUCAAAACUGCACAACCUAAAUAAACUGAGUUUGGAUGGGAAUCAACUCUCCAGUCUGGACGCCGCUUCAGUCCUCGAUCAUCUGCCGAACCUGUCCUUCCUGUCUGUGGAGAACAACUGUAUCGGUUCCCUGCGUGGUGUCCAGAGGGUUCGCUCCCUCCUCGAACUCUACAUCGGCAACAACCAGAUUUCCACGUCUCGAGACGUCUUCUAUCUUAAGGGUGUAACAAACCUCAUCAUUCUGGAUCUUUAUGGAAACCCUUUAGUGGAGAAAUUAGAGAAUUACCGGAUCUACGUGGUCUUCCACCUGCCCUCGCUGAAAGCACUGGACGGGAUCGCAGUCGAAAUAACUGAGUGUGAAAGUGCGAAGGAUAUGUUUGGAGGAAGACUGACCUCUGACAUGGUUGCAGAGAAGCUGGGUCACUCAGAUUAUACCGACAUCACCUACCUCACCCUGCAGUCCUGCUCCAUCAGGAGCGUGGAUCUGUCUCCGGCAGACCUGUUCAGAAACCUGCGCAGCGUCAACUUGGAUCACAACAAACUCACCUCAUUCUCAGGCCUCAUUUAUCUGCCCAACAUCAAAGCUCUGUGUCUGAACUACAACCACGUCGAGUCCAUUCUGCCCCGGCAAAGAACUCAAGCUCAUCUGACAAACAGACAGAUGCUCUACAGCAAGGUUUCCUCCAGUGGUUACGGUCAGCAGUGCCCAUCCAAAGGCAACAGGGAAACUGGGCCCACCGUCGGCCUGGAGCCGCUGAUGGGCAGCCUGGAGGUGCUGCAUUUGAGUCACAAUAGCAUCUCCAAUAUGGCCAAUCUGCAGCUCAGCAGGCUCACCAAUCUUAAAGCGCUCUUCCUUCAAGGUAAUGAGAUCAGCCAGGUGGAAGGAUUGGAGGGGCUUCACCAGCUCAGAGAGCUCGUGUUAGACAGGAACCGGAUCAAAACUCUGUCUGAGAACUCUUUCGUGGCCCAGAAUGACCUGUUAGAACUGCACUUAGCGGAGAAUCGCAUCCGGGAGCUCAACCACCUCAAUUCUCUGACUGAGCUCCGCAAGCUGUUUCUUGGCAUGAACAAGCUGCAGGACAUCGCCGAACUUGAAAAACUCGAGGUUCUUCCUUCUCUGCUGGAGCUUUCAGUUCUGGGCAAUCCUGUGGCCCGCAGUUCUCUCCACAGAUUAGGAGUAGUGCUUCAUCUGUCCCAGCUGCAGGUGCUGGAUGGAGUGACGAUCACUCUGGAGGAAAGGACGAGGGCGGAACUCGUCAGCGCUGAUCCAUCACUGUGUUGCCAGUGCUCCGGCGGCUCUCUCCCUCCCACUGAAAUAAACCUGCCCGGACUGUUUCCUGCCAUGCCCAGAAACGCCCCUCUCAGAGGAAUGAACAUAAGUGGACUGCAGAGCUACAUGCAUGGGCACGACGUCCUGUCGAGUAACACGGACGAGACCCCGUGUCAUUACACAUACAAGCACAAGAAGCACAAGCAGAGUAACCCUGCGCGAAGUGGCCAGACUGAUAUUAACUUCAGAUACAUUAGAAGAACGGGGAACAACAACCUUCCAAGCACAGGUCACUUCUCCGAUGGGAGCAGCAGAGCCGCUGUCACAUAUCACAGCCCGGAGCAAGAGAGCAGAUUACCAAACGGUGGUAAACCUCCGCCCGUGUAGCAGCCAGAGGAGACGAGGAGUAACGACAUUCUCCCACUUAGCCAUGACUUAGCCGUGUCGCGUUAUCAUUGUGAUGGUGUUUUUAUAGCAUACAGGUGUUUUAAAACAUCUCUGAGCAUCUGCAUACCGUUACUCUGUACAGUAUUGUCAGUGAGGAAAACAUCUGGACACAUGGUAUUUCAGAUGCUUUAUUCUUUGCCUUUGAGCGUGGCAGAAAAUCAUGUUCUUUACACUUCAACAACCUGUUAAUAAAUUUCCCAUGCUGUUAGUUGAAAGUAAAGCCGCCUUUGGCCGGGAGGAAAUUAGACUUCUACAAAUCGCUUUCAAAUGCAUUUGGUUUCUAUUUUCUAUCCACGUAAGUGCAUCAUUAACCACGGUAAUCUGAGGAUGAGAGGUUUUGGCAUCAUUCUUACCACUAUCCUCUCCUUGGACCCAAACCAGUCAAAAAAAAAACACCCACAGAUGUAAGGGCGUGUGAGGCUGGCAUGCUGCGUCCAUCGGGUCAUCCCCAACAAGUGGGAUAAUCCGGGUUUAGCACACCUCUCAGUGGACAAUAAUCUGCUGUCACCCAGAUAAAGAUGUAAUCUUAAAUGAGGUCCAAAUGGAUUUCAGAGACGGUCGGUUUCACUGUGUAAGCCUCUUUUCACAGAGCUCGCUGCAAUUUUGACAGUAAUGGGCCAAAUUUUUGCGUGCUGUAACACUUCACUUGAUAUUUAUGAUGUUCUUUUUUGAUAAAAAAGAAAAAAGAAAAAAGGCCUUUCUGGCCUUGAAAUAGCUUUUCAUUCUGGGGUUAAAAUGUAAACGAAAAAGCAAAUAAUUUACCUUCCACCAAACUCAGUUUUAGUGAGUAUUAAUGUGACCACUAGGUGUCCUUGGAGCUCCAUUAGCUUCUCCUUAAAGAUGCUGCUACUCAGUCAAUAAAUUUACCUCCUGCCCUGUACUUGCAGGUCGCAUUUUAUCAGCUGAAGAGCGACACGCGUGUAGGCCGCAAAUACGCGUUCCGCGUUUGCUGAACAUGCGAGGGAACAUGCGAGGGAAACAAAAAGUGCAAAGCUCUCCCCCAAACAGGCUCCUCUAAUGCAUGUACUUAACAUCACUUAAUUUGUGUUAAUUCCCAGCACUAAUCAGGGCUAAUGACUGUGCAAGUGAGUGCACUGUCAUUACUGCGCUCUGCCUGACAUCAAAUGGCAGCUGAUGGACUCACACACACACUCAAAAAAAGCCAAAGAAACUAAUGCACACAUUUGGUGGCUCAGUGCAAAUGCAUUAGGUAUUGUGCAGGAUAAUUACAUGUGUUAUAGUUAUGUACAGGAUGUGCAGUAUAUGGAUAUGUUCAGCGUAUCAUUUUUAAUGCAAAUGCAUUUGCUGUGUGGUGGAAACCUGUAGUGAGCGUAGCACUUUAUACAGUAUGUCUCUCUUUGCAUGUCUGUCAGUAUUUUUAGCAUUAAAAUGACAUUAGCAUAAAGAUUGUGAAUUAUUCAUCAGUCCUGAGUGAACCCAGAUGCACCGCUCCCUCUCUCUCUUUCUCUCUCUCUCCCUCGCUCUCCCUCUGCUCCGACCACAUGGUUUGUAGCUGGUUUAAUGGGAUGGAAUGUGACAGGUUAUGUUUUUAUCUGCCCUGAUAUGGAGCCGGGCUCGGGCAGAGAGAGAGAAAGA